GUGCCUGCUACUUUCUCCCUCUCACAUGGAGCAUCCUCUUAUGAGAUUAAGACUAUUCUUUUUGCUAACUUCCUGGGCCAUCCUUCUUCUGUCCCUCUUCUUGCCUGUCUCAAAACUUUCCUUGGCUGCCAUGCUUUCAAAUGAGACUGACAAGCAUGCACUGCUCGAGUUCAAGUCCCACAUUGAUGACCCUCUCAGUAUCCUUGCUUCUUGGAAUGAGUCUUUGCAUUUCUGCCAGUGGGUUGGGGUCACCUGCGGCCACAAACACCAAAGGGUGAUUGGUGUGGACCUAAAAGACCUGAAAUUGGUUGGCACCAUAUCUCCCCACCUCGGAAAUCUUUCUUUCCUUCGAUAUCUCAACCUUUCAAGCAACUCCUUCUCUGGUGGAAUCCCAUCAGAAGUUGGUCAGUUGAUCAGGCUUCAAAAUCUGAACUUGAGUCAUAACUCAUUGGAAGGGGAAAUUCCAGUUAAUCUGUCCCACUGUUCCAACCUCCUGAAUCUUGAUCUCCAGUACAACAACCUAGUACAACAAAUCCCUUCUCAACUUGGCUCUUUGUCCAAACUUGAGAUCCUAUCUCUUGCCAACAACAAUUUAAGUGGAAGGUUCCCUCCACCUCUGGGGAACCUGUCCUCUCUCCAAGAGCUUUGGUUUAAAUAUAACAAUUUGGAGGGAGAAAUUCCAGAUACAAUAGCCAAAAUGACAAGCUUGAAAGCUUUUGAUGUUAAAAAAAAUAAUUUUUCCGGUGCGUUUCCAUCUUCCCUUUACAAUUUAUCAUCACUCACAAUCAUUACCCUGAGUGGCAACAACUUCGCUGGUAACCUCAAGCCUGAAAUAGGCAUUGCUCUUCCAAAUCUCCAAAUACUUUGGGGGGGAGAAAACAAAUUCACAGGAACCUUUCCAGCUUCCUUGGCCAAUGCUUCAGGACUUCAAGAAGUUGAUGUCGCUGGGAAUUAUUUCGCAGGAAAUAUACCCAUGAGUUUUGGUAAUCUACAAAAUCUUCAAUGGCUUAAUGCAAAUAGCAAUCUUCUCGGAAAUCAUUCAGUUGAUGAUUUGAGUUUUCUGAGUUCUUUGGCCAAUUGUAGCCAGUUAGGGAGGCUCGAUGUCAGCUACAACCAGCUUGAUGGUGAGCUGCCUAACUCCAUAACAAACCUCUCAACCCAAUUGACAUGGCUAGGGCUUGGAGGGAAUUUUAUCGGUGGAAGCAUACCGAUGCAGAUAUCAAAUCUAGUCAGCCUAACUCAACUUGGGCUGGAACAGAAUUUGUUAACAGGGACUAUUCCAGCUUCAAUUGGGAAGCUCUCAAACUUGAACGGACUAUCCUUGGGCGAAAACAAAUUUACAGGGGAGAUCCCAUCUUCCUUUGGCAACAUGACUCAAUUGUUAGCUCUCCAUUUGUAUAAUAACAGCUUAGAAGGAAGCAUACCCACGAGUCUGGGAACGUGUAGAUACCUGCAAGAUGUACGCUUUUGCCAUAAUAAGUUAAAUGGCACCAUACCAGAGCAGCUCCUUAGCCUUCCAGCUCUGUCUGUAGUCCUUAAUGUGUCUCAUAACUUUCUGACGGGUCCGUUGCCACCAGAAAUAGGAAACCUGAAAUCUCUUGUUUCUCUGGAUUUAUCACACAACAAUUUUUCCCAAGAGAUUCCCGGGCAGCUAAAGGAUUGUUUGGCGUUGGAAGUUCUUUAUAUGCAGGGGAACUUCUUCGAAGGAAACAUUCCCGAUUUAAGUGGGUUAAAAGGUAUUCAAUAUCUUGAUCUUUCCCAUAACAACUUGACUGGCCCAAUUCCAAGCUACAUGGUUAGUUUUUCCUCGUUGCAGAAUUUAAAUCUGUCUUUCAACAAUCUGGAGGGAGAGGUUCCAGUACAAGGGGUCUUCAGGAAUGGUACUGCAAUUGAAGUCUAUGGCAACAACAGGCUUUGUGGGGGGAUCCAACAGCUGCAGUUGCCCACGUGCAAGCAUAGAAAGCCUGUUGCUUUUAAGUCGAUACUGGCAAUGGGCAUUGCAGCUGUUUUCUGCUUGACUUUGUUGUCUUUGAUUUCCUUGUGCUGGUUGAGAAAGUCCAAGAGGAUACGUAUUUCUGCUUCUUCUUUUGGGCUCUUUUACGAAAGGAUUUCUUAUCAAGACUUACUCAAUGCAACCGGUGGAUUCUCUGAGUGGAAUUUGAUUGGUUCAGGUCAUUUUGGUACCGUCUAUAAAGGAAAACUUGGUCCGGACGAAACAAGUGUUGCAGUCAAGGUACUCAACCUUGAAAAGCAAGGAGCUUCAAAGAGCUUCAUUGCUGAAUGCCAAGCCUUGAGGAACAUCCGGCAUCGAAACCUCGUUAAGAUUCUUACUGCUUGCUCAAGUAUUGAUUUUGAGGGCAAAGAUUUCAAAGCUUUAGUAUAUGAGUUCAUGCCAAAUGGGAACCUGGACACGUGGUUGCAUCCAGAAGAUGGGCUCCAACAGCAUAGAAAUUUAAGCCUUCUCCAGAGAAUGAACAUUGCAAUAGAUGUGGCUUCUGCUUUGCUUUAUCUUCAUCAUCACUGCCAAACCCCUAUUAUUCACUGUGAUCUAAAGCCAAGCAAUGUUCUUCUUGAUGAUGAUCUGACUGCUCACUUAAGUGAUUUUGGUUUGGCAAGACUCCUUUCGGAAUCCAGUAGGCAAGCUUUUCUUAAUCAAUUAAGCUCGGCCGGAAUUAAUGGAACAGUCGGUUAUGCUGCUCCAGAGUAUGGAAUUGGGGGUGAGCCGUCAACUUAUGGUGAUGUGUACAGCUUUGGGAUCCUUUUGCUGGAGAUGUUCACAGGAAGAAGACCCACAGACGAGCCGUUCAAAGAUGACCUGACCCUUCACAACUCUGUGAAGUUGGCAUUGCCGGGACAAGUUAUGGAGAUUUUGGACCAAUCAGUUUCCAAAGAAGUAGGCGAAACAUGUUGGGCUGAAGUGACUGAAUGCUUGAUAUUGGUCUUUAACAUUGGCCUUGCAUGUUCAGCAGCAUCUCCAAAAGACAGAACGGACAUGGGGAGAGUUGUCGUGGACUUGCUUUCAAUCAGAGACAAUCUCCUUGGGACUGGAACUCACGAAAAGAAAAUUGAAAGCGCAGAAACAAAGACAUUCUUGACGUCAUCUAAUGGCAGCAUGUCCUGGUGAUCAAGUAGGAAUGGAAUGGAAUCUCCUACAAUUCCCGGGCCAGAUCCCUGUAAUUGUGAGAGGCCUCCAAUGGUGCUCACUUGUUUGAUCACCCCGCUCUCACAAUUAUCUGCCCAAUUGUAGGAGGCAGACAAUUGCAUGCAUGAGAUCUAGAUCUCCGGUUGUAGGAGAAUUUGAUACUUUAUAGUUACCAAAUGCAGCAUAGGUAUUAUCCUUUUACCUUUAACUAGUCUUCCUGUUGUUAUGUAUACAGGUUUAUUGUAUAUAUGUACCUUUUGCUCUUAUUGGUUCUAUUUAUAGAAUUUUACAGACGAAAAUUUGAAUAA